UGGUGUAUGGUUUUAUGGUCUCGUUAGUUUGUUCCUAAAUAACGAUACAAGAAGAUGACGUUUUACUUAGAGAUUCGAAAAUUGUACUGAAAACCACUAUGUGACAAGCACUGUCAGGUGACCUCCCGUGUAUGGACCCUACCUGUUCUCUCCCAACAAUAUCAGAUUCUUUGAGGGCAGUAACCAUAUACAUGGUUUAAUUCCACUACCCACAUCAUGGCAGAGAGAAGCAACACAAGUUGGAGCCGGGAGGUGGCUUCAUUUUGCUCAAGUCCUAAAUUAUUUUUAACAAGCAAUUCAGUGGAAGUCUUCUUGGAUGAAUUACUAAAGGGUCUUCAUAAUGAAAGUGUACAUGAACAAACUAAGAUUUUAAUGCUGGACCUCUUUUUAGAAUUCCCAUCACUUCUCUUUCCUGAUCAGAAGGCUGCAAAAGAUACAGCGGAGAUAUUAAUGAUUAUGAUACAGCAGAAAUCAAACUCUGUUAAAAGUAUGACAUUAAGAUGUCAUCUCUUACUAGCAAUUGAAACAGUUUUAAUUACAACUGACAACUUCAAUUCUAACUGUAACACCGCACAAGAGUUUGCAUCCUUGUUGUUUCUCAUUAUAUCUGACAUCAAUGACAAGAAGCAAGGAAUAUCUAAUAGGCCACUACGCAUCACAGCUUGUGAAUGUCUUCGGGAACUGGAAACCUGUUACCCUGGAUUUCUUUCUCAGAGGAUCGAAAAGUUGUAUUCCUUGCAGCAACAUGAGUUUUCUCCUGUACAUCAGUCAUACACCCUACUAUACAGUGUUGCACUAAAGAAUGCAAUACAGAUUUUAGCUCAGAAAGAGGGUCCUUCAGAUGGGUCUUUGAAGAGUAUGCUGAUGGGUAAUGAAAGCUUUUUUUGGAGUACCACAGAAGAUCUGAGGGAUCUACGACCUGCUUGUGGUGAACAGUUUCUGCUACUCCCAUCAAAUACUGAAACAAAAGAAUUAAAGUCCAUUUUAGCUCUUCUUCUAGAAGACUCCUAUCUUUUUACACCGGUGGCCCAAAAUUCUCUGUUUUGGCAAAUAAUUCAAGUUGUGGCUAUGGUUCGUACUAUAUCACCUGUGAUUUUUAAGUCUCAGCUUGUUCGGCUGUUUGGUACGAAGGACGUGUCAUUUUUUCACAGCAUUCUACAAAUGAAAGCAGUUUUUACAGAUAGUCUGUUCACCGCAGAAGAUGAGAACUUUCUUCUCCAGAGACUUGUAGGCAUGACCCAACAUCCACUUCUCUGUACACCAUUAAAACUCUUUUAUUUAGACUGCCUUUUACAUUUUCCAGAAAAUCGACCUCUUAAUUCAAACCCUGAAGAAAAUUUACCUGUCCUGCUCACACCUCAAAUGACUUCCUCAUUGUUUCCUACUAUUUUUAAUGAUUCUAGCACAAUGUUAUGCAGACAAAAUUUACUAAGUAUGGUGUUCCUUGAAAAUGAAGGGUUCCAUUCUGAGAGGGGAAUAGGAUUACUUUUCGAACACAUGAUGUCUCUUUAUAACAUGGUUCAUAAGAAUAACAACAGAGAGAUAACUACAACGUUUUUUCGCACAGUAUUUUUAUUUGUAAGGUAUUUUAAUUACUGUGAAAAAUACAUGGAAAGUCUUACAAAAAGCCUUAUAGAGCUAUAUAAAAGUGACAGCGCCUUAGCACCAUAUUUUAUCAACCUUAUUAAUCAGAUGCAGAAUUUACUUGAAUUCCACACAUGGCCAGUUUCUUUAUUGAAGGCUUUGCAAAAGCAGAUUGUAGAUCUCACAGUUGAUAAACAUAAUAUGACAUUCCUUGAAUGGCACCUUAAGAUCCUUUCAAGAGUUGCCCAGGAAAAUAUAAUUACACAAAAAAGUACAGUUCUCUUUCUGAAGCGUGUUGUUUUACAUUCUGAUAUAUGUCAGAAAGGGGACUGGAGGACAGGUAACGCUAUACUGUCUGUGUGUAAGCAUGUGCUUCAGCAUCAACAUCUUAAUUCCGUGUUUAUGGAUGUGGCAAAUCUCUUGCAGUAUCUGGUUCACCGAUUUGAAGACAUUGAUAUUCAAGAUCGGGCAAGAUUAUAUUACAUCCUUUUAACAAAUGUUUCUAGUGACAAACUCGGAAAAAUAUUAACCAUGUCGCCAAGUGGGAGUCAAUCUAAAACAAGGUCUCUGUCCUCUAUUAUGACAGAAAGCGAGAACUUCUCCACUCUACUAACGAUUCAAAACACAGAGAAACCAAUACUUAACUUGUCUCCAAUUUGUAAGGAUUCAAAUGGUCCUCUGUUUUGUUCAGAAGAUCCAACAGUGGAAAAUUUAAUAACCAGCCAUUUUCUUGAAGAUUAUUAUGAACAGUUAAAUGGCCUCCGUUCGUGUUUACUUUCUUUGAAAUACCUUUUAUCAUUUAAAGGGAACAUUGCACCUAAAUAUCAUAAACUCUUUUGUAUUGCGCUUCAGUUUGAGUUGACGGAUUGUAAUUAUGAGCCUAUAAGUGGCAUUAAUAUUCCAUGCCUCUUAAUUGAUAAGGAACCAACCAAGGUAUCUAUACAUUUAGUACCUAAAGAACCUUAUCCAUCUGUCUUGCUUGUUACUGCUACAUACAGUACCCAGGAUGGUAUGACAUACUGUACAAAGCUGGAACCACUGCACAUUAAGUUUUCUGAAUUGUUUAUUCCAUUACCUUUGCCAACUUCUUGGUCUCCAGAGGCUGGACAUCAGCUUUUUGACAGACUGUGGGAAAAAUUUCAGCCAGGAGAAUCCAGCCAGAGCGAGGAAAGCAUAUUUUGUUAUGAGAUGUCAGAAAAAUUACUCAACAUUCUCAUGCUUUCUUAUUUUUCCAACUUUGUUAUCUCGUACCACUCUGAUGUAUACAAGGUUGGUUUGUGUUUGCCACCACAGUUUCACAUAUUAAUGAUUGUUAAAGCCCAAGAUGGCACUGCUAUAUUCAGUAUUAGGACAGAUAACUGGAAGUUUCUUCCCUAUUUAAACACUUACCUUCUUGAUGUUACAUCACAGAAAUAAUUUACCUAAAUAUGUUUUCCCUAUUUAAACUCACCUUCAUGUUACAUCACAGAAAUAAUUUAAAGGGACAUGAUACCCAAAUGUUGAAACACUUGAAAGUGAUGCAGCAUAGCUGUAAAAACUUGACUAGAAAAUAUCACCUGAACAUCUCUAUGUAAAAGAGAAAGAUAUUUUACCUCAAAAUAUCCUAAGUAUUCACACCCCAUUGUAAAGGGCGGGACCUGCAAGGGAGCGUGCCUUGUUAUUUCCCUAUUCAGUUUAAGGAAGUUUACUAUGAAAUCAUGAGAUCACAGUUCAUGACCUCCACACUGCUGAUGCUAAUUGGCUGCUGUUCAUUUCUUUCUUUUUUUCUUUUCUUUUUUUUUUUUUACAGCUGGACAGUAACUGAAGUAUAACUGUUUACACAGCACUUACUCUGGUAAGCUGAGAAAAUUGUGAGGUAAAAUAUCUUCCUUUUCUACAUAGAGAUGUUGAGGUGAUAUUUUCCUGUCAGCUUUUUACAACUAUGAUGCAUUACUUUCAAGUGAUUUAGUAUUAUGUGCCUUUAAAAAUAACAAUAAUAAGAUAGUGAUUUGAAGUAAGAAUAUGUACAGUGUGAACUUGACAGUUUUUUUUUUCUAACAGCAACUUCUUUUUAAACACUUAUAUUAACAAAUAUAUUUCUGUAAGUUUAGUCAUUUUUAAAAAAUAUUUUUAUAAUGUGCUGUUUGCUUGUGUAUUCCAUUACCCUGUUGAUUAUUUGUAUUUUAUUAGCAGCAGAAACAAAUAUGUACAUAUCUUACACAAGCACUUAACCUUGUAUAUUCCACACUUGUUCUUAUGUUCUGUGGUUUAGUUUAUACAAUGAGGUAAAUAAAUGUCACAUGUUCCUCUUAUUAAUUAUUCAAAAUCAUUCAGCUGUGCUGUUGAAUUGGUUUACUAAGAAAAUAAAUUCCCAGAAAAGACCAGCAA